AGCAGUUGGUACCAAUGUUAGUUGAUUAUUUUCAUGUCCACCAUUAUAUGGCUUGGUUUAGCGAAAAGUGAAUAAUUUUGUAGUUGAUUAUCAAAAACUAUGCUAGAAUAUUGUAACAAGUUGAAAAUUCUCAUAACAUAACAAAUGGCAUCUUAUAAUAUCUUGGCAACAGUUAUAAGUAUAUGUGAAAAAUAUACCAUGGAGAACAUAAUUUGAAGAUAAAUCAAACAAUAAGAAAAAGCCGCGGAUUAUCAAUCAUAAGAUUCAGGGAGCUAGCUUUCAUGUUUUUUGUAAUUUUGUUACCAAUAGUCUCGCUUAAAAUGAAAAUAUAUUAUUGUGUUGAUUAUAAGACUGUUAAUAUUAUACUAUUAGGAGUAUAAAUUGAAGAUCUGGUGAUUUAAAAGUGUGAUACAAAAUUUUCAGCAUGGAAGACUAUAACAGUGAAGCCCUGAAAACGGUCGAGGACGUAGCCAAUAGUAUUCCCAUGGGUACAUCAGAUAUGAUUAAAAAUGAUGUUUUGAAUGAACUUGAAUAUCAAAAAAUUUCUAGUGUAAAUAGUGAUAAUCAGAUGGGUGUAAUUAGUGAAAAUAUAGCAAAUAUGAAUUAUCUCCAAACUGGUUUAGAAUCUAACAUGUUACAUACAUCUAUGAAUCAGAAAACAGAAGAAUCUUCCAGUAUACAUAAUAAAGAGUUGGACAUAGGUUCUCCAAAUAUAGAAUCUGAAUUGGAAAAAAAUAGUAGUUCUGCUGGUGAUUCUAUUGAGAAUAUAAUUAAUAGAGAAACAGUUGAUGAAAACACAGAGAAAAGAAUGGAUAGUAGUGAAAAUGUGAUUGAAAAUUUCAAUACUGAUAUUACUAGUAAUAGUAGUUUUAUAACCAGAGACUCUGUAAGUGAGGUUAUUGAAAACACAUGUGCAGGUUCAUUACAUUCAGACAAUAAUUGUGAAGGAAAUAGUCAACUUAUAGAAAGUUGUGUUAUUCCAGAAUCAAUCAUAGAAAAACAAUUUCACCAAACUUCCAAUCCUUCCAAUGAUUUACAUGAAUCAGAAAUAAAUACUUUUCAUUCUGAGAACUCAUUGAAAGAUAAAGGUAUUGAACUUGCAGAACAAAGUCCGGGAUUAGUAAUGUUGGAAGAUCUAUCAGAAAUUCCAAGUGAAAGUUUUCCAGAUCUAGAACCUGAUAAAGAAAAAUUAACAACUGAUAGUGAAAUUGCUACAGGUACAUCUGAUACUAAUUCUGACAGAGAACUUGAAAUCAUGGAUUUUCAUACAGAAAGUAUUUCCACUCAGGAAAAACAAAAUAAAAAACCGUUGGAAGCAACUACUUCUGCAAAUCAAAUAUUAUUGUCAGAAGACAAAAGUACUGAUGUCAUAAACAUAGAUGAUCCAGAAAAAGAUGAUAUAGUAGAAGAAAAACAAAAUGUCAUUGAAACAGAAAACAGUUUAGAGAGUCCAAAUGAUAACGAAGAGAAGCAAUCGCAGAAAACUACUACAAAUGUGUCAAAAUGCAGCAGCAAUAAUUUUAGUGAAAAUGUAGUUGAUAAUGAAAAUGAAAAGGAAGAAGUGUCUGCUACAAGUAAAAAUUUUCACUCUGAUCUCUUAGAUAGUAAUGAAAACAGGGAAGGUGCAGAUGCUGAAUUGUGUAUAAUACCUGAUACAGAAAGAGUUAUAUCUCAGGCUGAAAAAGAAGCCGCUUCAUCUCUUCCACCUCUUCGUGAUAUCAGAGAAGCAAGUGUUCAGUCACAAUUCAACGAUAUAAUCAGUCCUUCAGAUCACAAUAACUCACCCAUUGUUGUGUACAAAUAUGAGAAAGAUGAUUUGCAAAUUUGUAAUGAAUGUAAAUUGAAAAGGAAAGUAAAAUAUUACUGUUCUAUGAAAGAAGAAGAAACAAAAUAUCUAUGUGAUGAUAAUUGCUUAACUAUUUUUAAAAGUAAUCAAGAGGAUAAGGUUGCUUUAAAUUGGGAAGAUGGUAGUUUAAGAGUUAAAGAUUUUAGUGGUGUUCCUAAAGACCCCCCUUCUCUUUCAUUUAUCAGAAGAUGUGCAGCUUGUAAUAAAGAAACAAAUGAUAUUGUACAAAAUUUGACUUGGGAAAUUAUGGAUUUCUGCAAUGAAUUUUGUUUGACAAAGUAUCAAAAAGACACUGGAUCUUAUUGUUCAAAUUGUAAAGGGGAUGUAAAAUCUAACUCACUUGGGAAAUAUUGUGUGAGAUUUGGGAAUGACAUACGUCAGUUCUGUACAAGUUUAUGUCUUGAAAAAUAUAAAAAAGGAUUAAAAGUUUGUUCAUACUGCCAGCAAGACACAUCAGGUACUGGUACAGGAUUUUUAGCACCAGUUGGUGAUAAAGGCCAGUUCAAAGACUUCUGUUCUCAAGCAUGUAUGGAAAAAUAUGAUAUUAUGACAAAUGAUAAACCUCCAAAAGUCCUCCCAGGAACAAUUUGUUCAGUUUGUAAAACUGAAAAAACAAUUUCCAUACAGUUUGAAUUGGAUGGAAUUCCCAAUUACUUUUGUGGGGAACCCUGCUUUGUUGCUUUCUGCUUUGUUAAUAAUAUUUCACCAGGAAAGUGCGCUAUGUGCCGUAGACAUUUUCCAAAAUCUAUCUUGGAAAAACAUACAAUGUAUUAUGAUAAUGUUCAACAUAGUUUCUGUUCGACUAGCUGUGAAAAUAUUUACAUUAUUUCUCAUCGAAAGAUUGUACCUUGUAGUUGGUGCAAAGUGAAAAAAUACAAUUUUGACAUGAUUAGAAGAUAUUCAAAAGUGGGAUCCGUGAUAAAUAUGUGCAGUGUAAACUGCCUUGGUUUAUACAGAUUGUCUAUAGAGACAAAUUUAAGACAAGAUUGUUGCAAUUUUUGUCAAAAAUCCACACAUGCCAUGUAUCACUUAUCAAUGUCAGAUUCUUCAGUAAGGAAUUUCUGCUCUUAUAACUGUGUUAUAAACUUUCAAAAUCAAUACCCCAAACAACUAUUGGCUGUAAACAGUGGAGAAUAUCCUAUUCCCACAGGAAUUCCCAGAAAAAAUAAAAAGUACCAUGGAUCUGACUCAGCUGUUCCUGGAGAUGCUGUGCCUAUUCCAAUGAUUACAAGUGUUCAAAGUCUUGCAAACACUAAUGGAACAUUAGGCAAUUCUUCAACAGUUCCUCCUAGCCUCACUCCUAUCAAUAGCCGAUCUACUCGAUCUAAAAGUUCUCUUAGUUCACCAGUUAUAAAUUCCACACCACAAGUGAUAAACUCAUUUUCUGAAAUACCAUUCCAAGUUCAAAUCAAACAUCAUUUUAUUGUUAGACCAGCACCUCUACCAGAACAAAGAAAUGUUAGUACAAUGUGUUAUACUCAUAAAUUGAAUAAAGGUAUAACUGCAAAACCUACAGUAAUGGAUCAAGAAGUGCAGACUGAAGAACGAGAAGCAAAGAAGAUUCUUAUACCAGUACCAGUUCCCAUUUAUGUACCAACUCCCAUGCAUAUGUACAGCACCCCAACACCUGUUCCUGUGCCGAUUCCUGUACCGAUACCUAUUCCUAUAUUUAUUCCUACUACCAGGAACUCAGCUGCAGGAAUUAUGAAAGAGAUUAAGAAAAUUCAAGUUAAGAUACCCACUGAUCCAUAUGAAGCUGAACUUCUUAUGAUGGCAGAAAUGGUUGCUGAAGAAAAGAAAGACGAUAUAACAGAUUCUGAAAGCGAUGUUGAUGAUAGUGGAGGUCCAGAAGACAGCUAUAGUCCUGAACCAGUAGAUCAUAGUAAUACUUUUGGAGAUGACAUGUUACAGAUGGCUCUCAAAAUGGCUACAGAGCUAGAUGAACCUGCUGUAGAUCUAGAAGGAGCAUUAACUGCAAAUACAAUAACAGGUGGUGAACAGCAUCACAAUCAAGAUGAGAAUGUUGAUGAUCCUCAACCUCUGCACCAUCAUAUGAUUGAUAGAAGUCCUUCUGCAAGAGGUAGAAAGAGAGGUAUGCGACAAUCGAGAGGUGGAGCUAAACGAGGAAGAAGAAUGUCCCAUCAUCAAGUCGACAUGCCUAUGAUGCAACAUCAUCAAGUACAACAGCCUCCACCACCACCAGAACCUGCAGAGAAGCCUGAUGCAAAUAUGUGUCUCAAGUAUACAUUUGGCGUUAAUGCAUGGAAACAGUGGGUAACCACUAAAAACGCUGAACUGGAAAAAACACGACUUGUGAAGUUAUUCAAAACGGAAAUUCUCCAACUCACUGCUGAUGAACUCAACUUUUCACUUUGUCUAUUUGUUAAAGAAGUUAGGAAGCCCAAUGGAGCUGAAUAUGCCCCAGAUACUAUUUACUAUUUGUGUCUUGGCAUUCAACAGUACCUGUUUGAAAAUGGCCGUAUUGAUAAUAUAUUUUGUGAUCCUUACUAUGAGAAAUUCACUGACUGUUUAGACGAAGUUGCUAAGAAAUUUUCGGUACUCUAUAACGACUCUCAUUACAUUGUAACUAGAGUAGAGGAAGAACAUUUAUGGGAGAGUAAACAGUUAGGUGCUCAUUCACCUCACGUACUACUUAGUACUUUGAUGUUUUUUAAUACAAAACAUUUUAAUCUUACAAGUGUUGAUGAACACAUGCAGUUAUCUUUUUCACAUAUUAUGAAACAUUGGAAAAGAAAUCCCAAUCAACCUGGCGCAUCAAAAGUACCUGGUUCCAGAAAUGUACUUUUGCGGUUCUAUCCUCCACAAAGUGCGAUACAAAAUAAUGCUAGGAAAAAGAAGGUGUAUGAACAACAAGAAAAUGAAGAAAAUCCUUUAAGAUGUCCUGUAAAAUUGUACGAAUUUUAUUUGUCCAAAUGCCCCGAAAGUGUUAAAACAAGAAAUGAUGUUUUUUAUCUUCAGCCAGAACGUUCUUGUGUACCAGACAGCCCAGUUUGGUAUUCUACAAUGCCAUUACCACGAGAAGCACUUGAAAAAAUGCUUCAUAGAGUCAAAAUGGUUAAAGAAAUUAAUGUAGCUCUUCUCACCAGCUAAGUGAAUGUAUUACUCAUAUUGUGUGUAGUAAUUUUAAAACAGAAAUAAUGGUAAUCAACUUUAUUUUGACAUUGAUUCAUCUGCGUAUGUUAUAUUAUGUAUAGGGUAAUAGUAAAUAUACACAAUUUUUUUAGCACGGGUAAUUGAUGAAUUUGUUAUUUUAUCCUGAAAUUUUUCAUCUCAUUACUUGAUUAGAUUUUGGAUCUGAAUAUUUUAUUUAGAGCAUAAAAAACUUCAACUUGGAUUGAAGCAUCAAUAUAUUCUUAUGUAAUGUAGUUUAUAUGUUUUAUUUAUAGAACAUUGAUGAUAUUUAAGAAAAAAUUACAAAACACUAAAUUGAAAAUAUA